AGUUGAGAUGGAGAGAGAGAGCGCGAGGAGAAGAAAGGCACAAAGGAAGAGAAACAAAGCGAGGGAGGAGAUCACAAUAUGACCAGAGGACCAUAACAGAGCUUAUGAAGCAACCCGGAGUAGAGGUGGGCUCAGUGGAAAGUACAAUCACCAACCCCCCUAUCGGAACCAACGGCAUCUCAGCUAGGAUGCUACGCAGCCGCAGCGAGCACUACCACCUGAACAAUUCAGCCUUCUAUCCAGGAAUGCCUCACCCCCACAGCAAACUCAGUGGACUGGGCCUCAACAAGUACACCUCCCUCCGGGCUGUGGCGGACACUGCCUCUGGGGGCUACUAUAAGAGCUACCCUUUGAUGGACUUCUCCCAGUACCAGGCAGGACCUUCAGCCUUCCAGCCCAUCUCCCUGCACCCCAAAGACAAGUCCUACAUACACCAAGACCACCACCAGCUCUCCUCCCAGCACAACCUCCACGCCCCCCUCUCCAUCUCCAUCCCCCAGAGCCACCUGGAGAGGUCCUGUUUACCCAAGACCACCAGCCACCCCCUGUUCUCCAGCUCAGCCUUCAAAGCCUGGGACACCAGUGGACGCCACAUCCAGAGGCAGACCUCCCACCCUGGGCACAUCUCGGCCCACCGGCAUGCCUACUCCACCAGGAGACAGCACAGUGUAGAGAAUUUCCCGGAGCUGUUCAACCACCCUGUGCCGUACAGCCACCCAUCCUCCUACCACCACACCAGGCAUAAGAGCUACUCCUCCAACAGCAAGACGGAGGUCACUGUCUGAGCAUGGAACUCUGAGUUCCCCUGUGCAGACAAACACAUAGAAACAGAUACAAAUAUGUGCAACGAUGCAUCAGCAUCGCCACUUUAGUACAAUAACUCAACCACAGACAUCAUUACGACAUUGAUAAGGCAAGAGAAACACUGUCGCUCUCUGAACACCUUUGAGCCUCAGAACACGGACACUCUCGGUCUCUAUGUUCACCACAACUAUGUGUGGCUCUAAACCUUUCGCAAACUAGCUACAUAUCUCCAUGCAUUACUCUGUGGUCUUGUUCUUCCUCCUAUAUCCUCUAUUUCCCACUCCCACAACAAUGCACCAGCCCCCCUCCUCCACCCAUAAAAGCAACGUGUUCAGGCCAUUAGAGGGAUGAUAGCACCCCAGGGACACAUUAAUUCAACAGGGACAAUGCCAUUGUCACAUCAGCUCCAAUCAGCCUCUGCUCCAGCGCUAGACAGAGAGAGAGAGAGAGAGAGGGGGAGAGAGCAAGGUAUGGAGAGAGAGAUGGAGA